AACAGCUCAAUAAUCAUUAAUUACAAUAAAAAUAAUAAUUCCAUUUUCUUCAAUCUUUAAUUUUCCUAAACCUAAAAAAUUCUAAUUCCUUUUCCAUUUCUUGAUUCCUUCUUCCCAAACACCCGCGAGAAAGUGUUUGAGAAAAGAAUUUUUUUUUUCAUUUUUUUAAUUUGUUAAUCGAAUAAAAUAUUAAUUAUGAGCUUUCAAGAUCUCGAGGCCGGCCGGCCGUUUACCGGCGGUUCAAACAAGGUUAACGGCAAGAAAGACGCGACGCAAGGGGUAGUUUCUGGAAUUUUUCAAAUUACAACAUCUGUUUCCACUUUUCAACGUCUCGUUAAUACCCUCGGUACUCCUAAGGAUACGCCUGAGCUCCGGGAGAAGCUGCAUAAGACAAGGCUACAUAUUGGGCAGUUAGUGAAGGAAACUUCAGCAAAACUUAAACAGGCUAGUGAAACAGAUCAUCAUGCCGGAGUUAGUCAAAGCAAAAAGAUUGCCGAUGCUAAACUUGCGAAAGACUUUCAAGCAGUUUUGAAAGAAUUUCAAAAGGCUCAACGGCUAUCGGCUGAGAGAGAAAAAGUAUAUACCCCGUUUGUUCCCCAGGCAGUUCUUCCUUCAAGCUACACAGCCAGCGAGAUAGAUGUAACUUCUGAGAAGAGUCCAGAGCAGCGAGCUCUUCUUGUGGAAUCAAGAAGACAAGAGGUCUUGUUGUUGGAUAAUGAGAUUGCUUUCAAUGAAGCAAUUAUUGAUGAAAGAGAGCAGGGAAUACAAGAAAUUCAGCAGCAAAUUGGCGAGGUGAAUGAGAUUUUUAAAGAUCUUGCUGUUCUAGUUCAUGAGCAAGGAACCAUGAUUGAUGACAUUGGCUCCCAUAUUGAAAAUUCCCACGCAGCAACUGCACAGGGAAAAGCACAUCUUAUUAAAGCUGCAAAAACCCAAAGAUCAAAUUCAUCUCUGUCCUGCUUGCUGUUGGUGAUUUUUGGGAUUGUCCUGCUCAUCGUUAUCGUAGUACUUGCGGCAUGAUUCCAUGAUUAUCCAGAUGCGAUGAUUCUCCAUGUCGAAGUGCUUCUGCUGGCAAGUGGCAAGCAGGAUCGGGAUCUAUUUAGUAGUUAUUAUAUAGCUAUGUCCUUUCAAGAGAAAAAAUGACUUGCGGUUGUGUGUCACUGUUGGUUGGUCAGAGGGUGGUGGUAUAUAAAUAUAUAUGUGUAUUGUUUGCAUUUGAAUAGGAUGAUCAGUUAUUUUAUUCUUUUUGUAUUUGUGUUUUGGGUUAUUCAAGGGGUGUGUAAUCGUUCUUUUCAAUUUGUUUUAGUAAUUAUAUAAGUUAUUAAUUCUUUGUUUGCUCA